AUGGAUGAAAAUCCGAUUAUGGAUACUUUUCCGAUAUAUAAUCCUUUAUCUGAGCCAACGCGUUUAGUACGGAUUGUGGGCUCUUGUAAUGGGUUGGUUUGUGUAGUUUGGGAGCCAGGAAUUGUUACUAUUUUCAACCCAACUACGAGAAAAUCCAGAAAAUUACCCAUUUCUGGUACGAGUAACAGUCUUGCCAGGGAGUACGGGUUUGGUUACGAUGAAUCCAAUAAUGAUUACAAAGUUGUAGAAUUCUCUUGGACAAAUCUUAUCUCCGAUGAAUUUGAAAAUCAAGUUAAGGUAUACAGUUCAAAAAUCAAUUCAUGGAGAAUUAUUGAUGGACCAGCCGGCUUCCUUUUUUCUGACUCCGGUGUAUUUGUCAAUGGAGCUAUCCAUUGGAAACUAUACCCCAAUGGUAAUCCAAUGGAUUGGUCUAUAAUUGCAUACAAUGUGACAACCGAUAGAUACAAGAUGGUAGCAAAACCCAAGUGCGAAACUGGCCUUGUGAAUUCAUUGCUAGUGGUUUCAGCUGGACAGCUUUGUGUGUCAUGCCUAUAUUUUACACACCGGGAUAUUUGGGUGAUGAAAGAAUAUGAAGUGGAAGAAUCAUGGACUAAAUUGGUUAAAGUUCCAAACAAUUUGGAACUCAAGAUGCAGAUUAACACGAGUCCUUUUUUUGUUUCAGAAAAUGGUGGAGUGUUACUGAAGAAUGGGUUUAGUAUAGUGAUGUACAAGCCAUUGCAGUUUCAUGAAAUUCAUCCCUUGAAUGAAUGUAUUGAAAUUGAUACUAAUGGCUAUGUUUUUUAUGUUGCUACCUACACUGAAAGCCUUGUCUUCCCUGAUUUUGGACAUUUUGAUGGGAGCUAG